CUGGGAUCGGUGUGAGAUGAGGGCUGCUAUUCUACUGUGUGUCGCUCUGCUGAUUGUAUAUCAGACUGAAGCACGGUCCACGAUGAAGUGUCCACGGCUGUGGCCAUCGACUCAGACACGAUGCACAUACCGAUGCAGGACCCACAUUACUUACAGAGAAAAGGAAGACGACGGAUACCCGUGCCUGACCAAACGUUUGAGGCGAGGCAAAUGUCUUAAUGGGAAGUGCUUGUCGAGCAAAGCAUUUGAAGCAGCAGCGGCAACAACAAGAACAGCAACAACAACACCCGCAACAAUCACAGCUGAAUCAUGUGUGUAAAUAAAAUCUUAU